AUAUUAUUUACAUUAAUUUUUGUGAAGAAUUUACCAUUUUUACUUCGUAUUGUAUUUGUAUCAUUUUAAUAAAUAAAUAAAUAAAUAAAUAGAUAGAUAAAUAAACAAGCAAACACAUAAAUAAAACACCUACUCUUUCUGGCAGGUGUUUCCCCCACAAAGCUGACCUGGAUAAAGUGCUUAUUGAAAAUCAUCAUUUAGUAAGUGCUUUAUUCUAGUCAGGUUUGCAGUGGAUCCAGAGCCGAUGCCGAAACAUUGGCUGCCAGGCAGGAAUACACAUUCACACCCUCAAUCAUUUAGAUCUAGGUGCAAUUUAGACUAGCCAAUGCCUCUAACGUCUGUGUUUUUGGAAGGUAGGAGGAAAUCCAGGGGAACCAUGAACAAUUUUUUUUUAUUAUUUUAUUUUUAGUGUUAUGCAUCAUUAUAUUGUGGAACAUUCCAGCUGUGCAUAAGGAGGAGGGAGUCAGCAUUAGGUUUUAUUAAGUUAUUAAUGCACUGCUUCUGCUUGUUUUAUGGGCAGUUAAUUUUUUUGUUCCAGUAUUCGAUGCAAAUACUUUUUUUUUUUUACUUUUUAAAGUAAAAUGUACUUUUACUUUAUUUUUUUUACAAGGCGGUUGCUUACCUUUACCUAGUGCUAAGUCCGCCCCUGGUCCUUCGUCAUACUCUUGCCCCUGCCUCAGCCACAAAGCACACUGUACUGUAAAAGGACUGUAGGCUGUUAGCUAAUCCCAAAAGCUCAAAAAGCAACCUUCCAAUCCUGACUUCACCAAACAAGGAGCAGAUGCUCCUGAUGAAAGAGAGUGAGAUGGAGAGAAGGACAGAAAAGAUAUCUCCACCACCUCCUCCAAAAGCUGGCAGGACCAAGAGAGAGACAGCACCGACGGCCAGAGAGAGAAAGCACAAAGUGGGUAAGGAAGUGAAACUCCAGGAGCCACACAAAGGUAAAGAGAGGAUGAAGGACAAAGAAGCAGGUGAAGAGCACAGUAAUGCGGACAAAAAGGAAGUGCCAUCCACCGUGAUCAACGUAGACAGUGUGAGACAAAGGACAAAUAGAGAAAGUGAGGAGUUGCUGGGCCUUUUGGAGAGCGAAUGGCAUGAAGAGGCCUUGAAGCCGCAGAGCCUUGGAGUUUGUGAGCUGCUUCUCAUUAUUGCAGCUCUCGCCACAGUAAUAUUCUUCUUUCCCAUAUCAAUUUGGUUCUGUGUGAAGAUCGUGCGAGAGCAUGAGCGUGCUGUGGUGUUUAGACUCGGACACCUGCUACAAAGAAAACCCAGAGGACCAGGGCUGCUCUUUUACCUUCCAUUUUUGGAUAUUUGUCAUAAAGUGGACAUUCGGUUAAAGAUGCUGAAAGUCCCAUCUCACUCGGUGGUUACGAAAGACCUGGUGUGUACAGAGGCGAGUGCAGUGUGCUACUACCGCAUUGAAAACGUGUCUGUGUGCUACUCGUCCCUGGCAGGAGUCCCGGCCGUGCUGCAGGCUCUGGUUCAGGUCUCAGUCCGGGAGGUUCUGGCCCAUCACAACUUCGCCAGCAUACUACAGAACAGGAGUGAAGUUGCCCACCAGAUCCAGGUUGCACUGGAUUCCAUCGCCUGCAGGUGGGGAAUUAAAGUGGAGAGAGCUGAGCUAGAGGACCUCUGUCUCCCUCCUGAGCUUCAGCAAAACUUUGCUGUUGAGGCAGAAGCAAAGAGACAAGCCCAAAUUAAAGUGAUUGCAGCAGAGGGUGAGAGGGCAGCAUGUGAGGCUUUAAAAGCCUCUAUUGCCUCGCUGUCAGAUUCUCCUCUGGCCAUCCAGCUGCGCCUUCUCCAGCUCCUCCACACACUGCGCUCUGACCAACCUACUGUGCUCCUCAACCUACCAUCUGACUUCCUCAACCAACCACUUCAGCUAGCAGAUACAAGCAGCUCUUCCAAUCAAAACCAGCCAACAGGGGACAUCUCAGAGGAAAUGGCUAAAGACUCCUCAAUGAUGUAAUGUAAUCUCCAUUAAGAGAGUCAGCAUUAGUAGUAAAAUGUUAGAAUAAUCCAAUACAAUAGUUCCUCUGUAUACAGUGUUUACUGAAGGGGCCAGUUGAUGAACAUGAAUUUUUAUCAUGUUAUCAACAAUAGAUGAAAUUUGAGUCCACUUCUAAAUAUAUUAUUAAAUACACUGUAUA